AACCAUUAUGUCAAAUUAUUCGCUUGUACUUUAUAGAAAGACGAAAGUGCACAAUUAAUUCGUGGCUUUAUUUAGAACAAUUUAGAUUACAAAGAUUUUGUUUGUUUAGUUGGAAUCUUGCAAUAAUUACUUAACGCGCACAACGAAUUAACUCAUGGCUCACCCAAACUUAUUACGAAAAUAGUGCUAAGCAUUGUUUAAUUAGGUGAAUACAUUUAGGUGUUAAACAUGACCGAAGAACGCGUGAAACGCAAAGCUCAGAUAAGUUUUACAAUUCGCUCGGAAAAGGAGACGAGGCAUCAUUCCGGUGUCGCGAGUAUUUUGUAUGACGCGACACUAGAUAGGAUACACAGCGCCGGGAGGGAUGGCGUUAUCCGGACUUGGUCAGUUGGAAAGGGACAGAUUCGUUAUAUCCACAGUAUGGAGCAUCAUACCGACUGGGUGAAUAAUAUUGUUCUCACGUGUGGAGGAAAGCAUAUCAUGUCCGGAAGUAACGAUUGCACUGUUAAAUUAUGGAAUGGCCACAAAGGAUUUUGCAUGUCGACGCUGCGAACGCACAAAGAUUACGUAAGAGCGCUGGCACAUUCUCGCGAAAAGGAAACAGUGGCGUCCGCCGGUUUCGACAGAGCGAUCUAUCUUUGGGACGUGAACACUUUGACGGCUUUGACCGCCACAAAGAAUACAGUAACAACUGCGGCCUUGACCGGAUCAAAGAGCAGUAUUUAUAGUCUUGCCAUGAGUCCGGAUGGUAACACGUUGGUGUCUGGCUCAACGGAGAAGGUACUUAGAGUUUGGGAUACCAGAAGAUAUACAAAAACUAUGAAAUUGAAGGGACACAUGGAUAACGUAAAAGCCCUUGUACUGAAUUGGGACGGAUCUCAAUGUCUGUCCGGCAGCUCGGAUGGAACAAUUAAACUCUGGGCGCUAGGACAGCAGCAGUGCAUCAUGACUAUAAGAUGUCACACACAAGGUGUCUGGGCCUUAGCAGCCCCUGAAUCGUUCCAUUUCGUUGUAUCUGGUGGAAAAGAUUGUCGUCUACAAUUCACAGACUUGCGAAAUAGCAAUUGUCUCUCCAUUCUACUAGCGUUAGAACCCCAUCCUAUCCUCAGUGUGUGUCUAUCCCCAGACUUAACUAUGGUUUGGGUGGGGACAGCGGAUUCAACUAUUCGUGCCUGGCCUGUGCCACAGGUUUCGCCUCACGGGGACGAUUAUAUUUCAGAUCAGGCGUAUGCUGGACAACCGCUCAUGGAAAUCGAAGGGGCCCCAGCUAUUAGACAAUAUGCUGUGCUAAGUGAUAAGCGACACAUUCUGACCAAAGAUACAAAGGGUUACGUCCAAAUUUACGAUGCGCUCAAGGCUGUCAAAGUUGAAGAUUUAGGCCCAGUUAAUUUUGAUGACGUUGUCAAAGAACGUUCGAAACAGGUCUAUGUUCCCAGCUGGUUUAGUGUUGGUCUUCAUACUGCGAUGGUCACCAUUCAUUUGGCUCAGGAUGAAAAUGACUGUCACGAUUGUUUAGGAGCUUGGGUAUCAGCGAAGGAAGUCGGUUUAUUAAGUGCUACUGCAGAAGUUGAUCAAAAAGUUAACUAUGGGCGACUUCUUCUUCAAGCAUUAUUUGAAGAGUGGAAAAGAUACUCUGUCCCAGAGCAGCAGCAACAAUCUCCGGUUGAAACUCCGGUGAAUGGAUUCUUUUCUGUUCCUGGACACACACCUUGUGUCAUCGGAGAGCAAGGUGGCAAGACGAUGUACCGCUUUCUCGUUCGUGACGCUGGUGGUGAUGCAGAACGGUCCUGUCUCGUCGAGGCAAUCCCACAAUGGGUAGCAGAACAACUCAUGGAUGAUGGACAACCUCCAAAAUUCAUUAAAAUUUUAUUUUUUCUCACUCCCCAAAUGUUGAAUGGGAAAAGUUUGAAAAAGGAACGACUAUUUGCGAAUGACUUUAUUUCCAUGCGUAAAGUAAUGGAGCAUGUUCUUGAGAAGAUGGAGGAAGAUGCCCCUACCCUUGACACGACGUCUUCGACCAGCGUGAAUCCAGAAGAACGUGUUAAGCUGUUCUGUUUGGAUGUAGCUCUUUCACCUGAUGCGGAUUUGCGAACGGUUAAAAAUCAAGUUUGGAAAGGCCCUGGUGAUUUAAUUAUAACUUAUUCCUUACUUAAACCGGUGUAGAUUUAUUAUUCAGAAAAUCCUGGACCGGUUAAAAACAAAUGUGCAAUAAAACAAAAUACUUUUGCGUAGUGACUUCUUUGGAUAAACUUUGAUAAUUUUUAAAAUUUAUUUUGUUCCUUACUUCCAGUCCAACAGUAUGUCAUUCAUAUAUAUGUAUAAAAAUAAAACAAUAAUUAAAAAACUAAAAA